CGCGGCGGCGGCGGCAUGGAGCUGGUGGCGGAGCUGAAGGGCCGCGACGGGCAGACGCGGUCGGUGCGGGUGCCGUGCCCGGCGGAGGAGGGCGAGGGCGAGCAGCUGCGCGGGCUGCGGCGCGGCCUGGCCGAACUGCAGCAGCGGGUGGCGGAGCUGCUGGCGCCCCUGGUGCAGGAGGAGAGAGAGGCGGCAGGCGGCGGCGGGCCGCGCGGUGAAGCCGAGGACGACGACGACGACGAGGAGCUGGAAGAUGAAGAUGAGAACUGCACCGACGCGAAGGCGAGCGCCGAGGACCCGCCGCCGAAGCGGACGAAGGUCCAGCAGCCCUGAGCCCGGCCUCGGGCGCCCAGCGUAGGCCUGGAAGGGCCGCAGGCGGCCCCGGGUGCGGUGCCCCGGUGGGGCAGGGGCUGCCCGUCUUCGGGAGGUGACAUGGCCACCCCGGUGCUGUUUUAGCACGGAGGCCUUAGGAGAGGAUGCGCCUUGGUGUCAGCGGGGUGUGGCUUGCAGGGUACCAGCCUUAGGUCGAGAAGAGGUUUUAGCAAACAAGCUAAGAAAUAUGAAACUGUUCUUGCAAGUCUUCUGACUGCUACGCUUUUAGUGACUUUUGCCAAGUCAUUCUUUUUUCAUGUGACUUAAACUUUUAAGAUAAAGUAAUAAAAUCUAUAAAGAUGUACUUUGUCAGGUAUGAUCUUAAGAUGGUAACAGAUAACUUUCAUUUGUAUGGAGAGAGAGCAAGAGAAGACCACUACAGUAUUCAAAAUAAAAAAAAACCCCACAGUUAGGACUGUUUCCAUUCCUGAACAGUCCUACAAGAGCCCUGUACAGUCCUGCUAUGGAAGGUUAUUGUUGCCUGGCAUCUGAAAGCUGUAGUCACACAUCAAUUGAGUAUCUUCCUGGAAAAGAGCAUAGACAACAUAGGUAGAAAAAGUUGGGAAUCUUGGUUUCAAAAAAUCCUCAAUUUUUUUUGACAGCCAGGGAAGUGACAAGCCAGCAUGUGUCUUUAAAGUUCCACAUUUAAAAACCUGCUAUCUGUCCUAAGCCUGUUUGUGGUAGGCUUAUUUGGUAGCUAAGUCAAAAAAAGCAAACAUCACAGCUUUAUAGUCUGUCUAUGCAGAACUGUCAACAUUGCCUAAAAGUAAGAAAAAACUUUGGGCAGAAACUGGGGAAAAUGUAGUAGGGUUCUACACUGAUUGCUGUAGUUUAAGAGGGUGAGAAAGUAAAUACUAGGGUAACAGCUCAGAGCACAUUAUGUGUAACAGUUCUUGGCUGUAUACCCUAUUCCUCUGCUAAGGUAGUUUUUCUUUCUAAUGAUUAUAAUGCAGCAUGUGGAAUGUCAUCAAGGGUAACAGAUGCUUCUGGCAAGGGGAAAGUUAUCAAUGCUUGUAUGUUACUUUAAUUCCCAGGUUUUUUUAGGUGCAUGCUUCUGUGAACAGGCAUAAAAUGUUCUUGAGAGCCAGUCCAUAAAGCUUACUGUGGAGCCUGAGAGUCAAGUUUAGCAGAAAUAACUGAUUUAGUAGAGUGAAAAGCUUUUUAUUUUUCUCCUCAUGUGUUCCACUGGUAUAGUUUGUGUAUUAUGGAAACUGAACAAAUCUUGAGACUUGUGUACAGAGGACAAAGUGUCAGAAUAAAUAAUGAAUUUUUAUGAGCACAAA